AUGACAAACCUCGAUCGCGCCCCCGAAACAGGCAUCCGCGUAAUAAUAAUCGGCACUGGCUUCGCAGGUCUAACCGCCGCAAUCGAAUGCCACCGCAAAGGCCAUUCCGUACUCGUCCUCGAAUCCUUCACUGAACUCAAAGUGCUCGGCGACGUGAUAAGUUUCGGACCAAAUUCUGUGAGGAUAUUCCACGGAUGGCCAGGCAUGCAAGAGAGACUGGACCCGAUAUGUCAUGAGACCAACGAGAUCCAGAUCCGCACCUGGGAAGGAGAGUUGAUAUUGAAUCAGAGUUGGAAGGAGAAGGAGAGGAGUUGGGGGAGGAAUUAUAAUGGACAUAGGGGUCAGAUACAUCAGGUUGUGUUUGAUUAUGCGGUGGAGAUUGGAAUUGAUAUUAGGUUAGGACAUAGGGUUGUGGACUAUUUUGAGACGGAAACGAAAGCAGGUGUUGUAGCCAAUAGGCAGACUUUUAUUGGUGAUGUCGUUCUGGCUGCGGAUGGUGUUCGUUCGAAAGGUAGGACGAUUGUUCUGGGUUAUGAAGAUAAGCCGAAAGCUUCGGGAUAUGCUGUAUAUCGAGCGUGGUUUGACGUCGGUAAGAUGGCAGAAGAUCCCGAUUUUGAUUUCUUAUUUGAGAAACAAGAUGAUCUUUGUAUUUGGAUAGGCCAGGACAUUCAUUUCAUUGCAGCAACGCCGAAAAGUGGUAAGGAGUUCUCCUGGGUUUGCACUCACAAAGACGAUGGAGACGUCGAGGAAAGUUGGUCGGCAAAUGCUCCCCUCUCAGAUGCUCGUAAAAACUUAGAAGGAUGGGAUCCAGUCAUCCACAAAAUCUUAGACUUAACACCUGAUCCAGUCAUUGACUGGAAGCUCGUGUAUCGCGACCCUCUACCGACAUGGAUAUCUCCAAAGAGACGGAUUGCUCUCAUUGGAGACGCAGCUCAUCCAUUUCUGCCGACAUCCAUUCAGGGAGCUAGCCAGUCAAUGGAAGACGGCGUGACCAUAGCCGUUUGCCUGCGAAAGGCUGGAAAGGAUGGUGUACAGGAAGCUUUGAGAGUCUUCGAAGCUUUAAGAUAUGAGCGUGUUAAGGGGUCUCAGAAAACCGGAGAAACGACUAGAGAUAGAUGGCAUAAAGCCGAUUGGGAUGAAGUGAGGAAGAAUCCAAGGAGCAUGGAGCUUCAACGUGAAGAGUGGAUUCUCAAUUUUGACGCCGAAGACUAUGCUGAGGAAAGUUACUCCGAAACACUCACCUCGCUUGGCAAGCAGGAGAGUGCGGUCACGUUCGCAGAUAUACCUAAGUCAGUCGACGUUAGCGUGCUUGCAUAG